GCGUGCAGACACAGACACAUACAGAGACAAGACAGACAGACACGCAGAGUUUCAGGGCUGCCAACGUGUGAAGACUGGUUUUGGUGGAACAAUGAUGGACUUUGUGGCUGGCUGCAUGGGAGGUGCUGCUGGGGUUAUAGUAGGACAUCCUUUUGACACUGUAAAGGUUAGGCUACAAGUACAAAAUGCACACAAGCCUCUGUACAGGGGAACUUUUCACUGUUUCCAGUCCAUCAUCAAGCAAGAAUCAAUUUUUGGUCUUUACAAAGGCAUUGGUUCUCCUAUGAUGGGACUGACUUUCAUUAACGCCAUUGUCUUUGGUGUGCAAGGCAACACCAUGCGUCUGCUGAGAAACGACACUCCAACAAACCAAUUCCUAGCAGGAGCUGCUGCUGGAACCAUCCAGUGUGUAAUUUGUUGUCCAAUGGAACUGGCCAAGACGCGCAUGCAGAUGCAAGGUACUGGUGAAAAGAAGUCCACUCACAAGGUAUAUAAAAACUCACUGGACUGCCUGGCCCGGAUAUACCAGCGUGAGGGUAUGCGGGGCAUCAACAGGGGCAUGGUGGCCACCCUCAUCCGUGAGACACCUGCCUUCGGUGUGUACUUCCUUGUCUAUGAUGUGCUAACACGCUCACUAGGCUGUGAACCAAAUGACUCGUACAUGAUCCCCAAACUGAUGUUUGCUGGCGGUAUGUCAGGCAUUGCCUCAUGGCUUUCUACAUAUCCUGUGGAUGUGAUUAAGUCUCGCCUACAGGCUGAUGGUGUCGGAGGCAAGUUCCACUACAGUGGCAUCAUGGAUUGUAUACACAAGAGCUUAGCGCAAGAGGGAUGGCGCGUGUUUACGAGAGGCCUCACAUCCACUCUGCUCCGAGCUUUUCCUGUCAACGCAGCUACUUUCGCUACUGUAACACUCUUCCUCAUGUAUGUACGGCGAGAGGAAGCGCCCAAAGAUUGCGAAGCUGACCCUCAGAACAAUGCUCCUUUACAACAGCAACCACAACCUACCAGCAUGUAGUAACCUCCGUUUUCAGUACGUAUGCUAUGGCUGAGCAGCAUCUGCCCCUGUUACUGGACUGGAGGAAUGCUCUGCUUUGCUUUGGGACAAUGUCUACUGACACAGUCUGGAAAUCUGUAGAAAUAAUUAAUGCAACAUCAUACUGCAUUUUACAUAUAUAUUAUUUUUAUUUUAAAGUGUGAAGUGAAAGUGUAACUUGUUACUUAUAUGAAUACCAGUUGGUAGAAAUCUGACUUUUAAUACUACUGUCUAAAACCACUUUCCUUUCUUUAAAAAAAGAGAAGAAAAAAGGAUAAGUAUGUGUUCUGCUGAUGCUGAUAUUGCACAAAAGUCCAAUAAAUCUAACACAUUCUAUUACUUAUACAUUACCAUAAAUGGUAAUGAAAUAAAAUGUAAAAACUACUUUUUAGGUAAAGUAGUUUGUGAAAAUGUGAAAUACAGAUGGAAAAGUGCACUUUAGGGUACAUGCUUAUUUCUGUAAUUUAGCAGAAUUAUUAUAAUUUUUUUUUAUGUAGUGACUAUAGAACAGGCUUUUAAAAAAUUAAAGAAGCAAUGUCUCUCAUAGUAUACAUUUUGUCACCUUCUCCAACUAACCUUCAAUGUACUGUCUUUACUCUAGUUCUGCUAUUUUAUACACAAUGAUACUGCUGAUUAAUACAGACACAUUUAGAUUAGUUAGCAUUGCCUACCUGUGUUGGUUUCCUAGAAUUCAGGUACUAAGGUAGUUAAAUUGUAGUAAAGUUGAAACUCACCAUGAACCUACUGUACAGUAGUUAUGUAACUUCAUGCAUGUGAAAAAGAAGGAUUUCUAAAGAACUAGUAUAAUUACGAAUCCAUGUCUUUACCAUGCAACAAAUUGCACUUGACUUUACCAUUCGAAAUGGAUGCAUUUUUUUUUUUUUUUUAUAGUCAGUUUUGUUCGAGACUUCUGAUCUCAUUAGAUACCCAUAGUCACUGUGUAAGAGCAUGUAUUUCUUUCCUUUCAAUCAAUACAUGAUGAUGUUCUGUACUAAAAGACUGUUGUGGCUGCUCUAACUUGAAGCAUGUUUAAAUCAGUACUGCUGUACAAAAUGAUGUUAUUUUUGUUCAAUUAUAUUGUACAUAACAAAGCCUAUCCAAAGCUGUUGGAUGUGUGUGUGAGAGUCAUUGGGACUCGUGGGAUUUACUUGGAUUGUAUUGACAAUGUUUGUUUUUUUAUUUAAACCCAAUUUUAGCGGUUAGAGGAACCAGCACUAUUGUUUUACUUUAAGUUUACUGUUAUGUGUGACUUGUCCUUUAGGUCAUUACUUGUAUGCUGUACUUAAUGUACAAAUGUGUACUACAUUAAAACUUGAGCUUCAAAAAAUAAAGAUCAGUUUUAUUUUA